AACUGGGUGAAGCCCAUGGACCAAUGGCUCUGGGAGUGCACCCCCAAAUAUGUGGACGGAUAUGAGCGAGAGUGUCCACAUGUGUGUGCGUGUGUCUGUCAGCAUGGCCGUGGGCAGGCUGGCGGCACAGAAGGGAGAGUGGGCGGCUGCUUCCGUGAGGGUAGCUCGGAGGGCCUCUGCCAGAAACAUCCCUUCCCCACCCCUGGAUCCCAGCUAGAUGGGGGUCUCCUCCCUAGGGAGGAAGAAAGAGGGGGGCUCUGUUUCCCAGGCCUACCUCGGGAGGAGUGGAAUCUCAGUAUCAGGUCAGGAGCUGCUGGAGGGCACCUGCUCCCCGGGCCCAGGGCUGACUUGACCCAUCUCUCUUCUCUGCAGAUUUUCCGUCGUGCGGACAAAAAUGAUGAUGGGAAGUUGUCCUUGGAGGAAUUCCAGCUCUUCUUUGCAGAUGGCGUCCUCAACGAGAAAGAACUGGAGGAUCUCUUCCACACAAUCGACUCUGACAACACCAACCAUGUGGACACCAAGGAGCUGUGUGAUUAUUUUGUGGACCAUAUGGGGGACUAUGAGGACGUCUUGGCCUCCCUGGAAACCUUGAAUCAUUCUGUCCUAAAGGCCAUGGGCUACACCAAGAAGGUGUACGAGGGCGGGAGCAACGUGGACCAGUUUGUGACCCGCUUCCUCCUGAAGGAGACAGCCAAUCAGAUCCAGUCCCUGCUGAGCUCAGUGGAGAGUGCUGUGGAGGCCAUCGAACAGCAGACCAGCCAGAUCCGACAGAACCACAGCAAACCCGGCCACGGCAUGGUGGAGACCUGGUAUGGAAGCCCCACUCCCCCCUACGCCCCCAACCACAAGCUCAUGGCCACGGAACAAGAGAAGAGCCUGCUUUCUGGUGAGAACCCCAAGGAGGAGGGCCUGGAAGCCCAGAUCAGCCGUUUGGCAGAGCUAAUAGGACGGCUGGAAAACAAGACCCUCUGGUUUGACUUGCAGCAGCGCCUCUCAGAUGAAGAAGGCACCAACAUGCACCUGCAGCUGGUCCGGCAGGAGAUGGCCGUGUGCCCUGAGCAGCUGAGCGAGUUCCUGGACUCCCUGCGACAGUACCUGCGGGACACUGCCGGAACCAGGAACUGCUUCCACAUUGCCGCCGUGAGGCUGUCGGACGGCUUCACCUUUGUGGUCUAUGAGUUCUGGGAGACGGAGGAAGAAUGGAAGAGGCACCUGCAGAGCCCCGUGUGCAAGGCAUUCCGGCACGUCAAGGUGGACACGCUGAGCCAGCCUGAGGCCCUCUCCAGGAUCUCGGUGCCAGCUGCCUGGUGCACGAUGGGCCGAGACUGACCAGCACCCUGACACCCUGUGGAUGAGCCUGGCACCCUGCCCUCUCUUCUUAUAAAGGACGUCCCCUCUUUUCUAGAAACUUUGGAAUAUGAGCUGUCUUUUCACUAUACUUCCAGACAAGAAUGUAUUUUCCCGCUGUUUGAAGUGAAGGUGAACCUCCUUCCCUGGCACACCCUCCUCUCCCCCCCUCCACCACACACACACACACACCCCACCCUUGUUGGCAGAGCAGCAUCUGAGCUGCUGGGACGCUACUGUAGCCAGAGGCCUGUGGUGAUGGGGAGGCUUCCUGGAGCCAGCACCCUCACUCCAACCGAAUGGCCACGCAUGCCCAGUCCCCCACCACACCGGCCUCCUCUGGCCUCAGAAAGACUCACCUCUCCGCCGGCCACCACUUCCCCCACCCUCUCUUCUACUCUUGGCCAACAUUCCUCUACCCGAUAGGAGCCAAGACCCUGUAGUGCCCAACCUAGGCCUGUGCCGAGUCUGCACGCGGCAGUAGAGCCCAUGUAGCCAGCGCCAUAUUAGGCAGCCGCCGCUGGGACAGGCACCAAAUAAACUCCGGUUGGAAACA